AUGCCGCCGAAGACGCGCAAGCGCCGCGGCAAGGCGCUCGUCGCCGCCGUCGCCGAGGACGCGCCGGAGAACAAGGCCGAGCAGAACCAGACGGUGUCGCCCGAGUACCUCGAGACGGUCAUCGGCGAGCUCGAGCACGAGUCCGAGCGGCGAGUGAAGAAGCUCAAGCGCGCGAUGGGCGACAUGCGCCAGGAGUUCCUCAACCACUUCCAGGUCGAGCUCCUGAAGAUCCCCCGGAAGAUCCGCGAGAUGAAGGUGGACCACUUCUCGAGCGAGUUCGGCGGGUGCAUGGAGGAGGCGCUGAAGAAGGCGGCGCAGUGGGAGGUCGAGAAGGUCGUGCCGACGUCCGCGUCGCGGUCGAAGUCGAUCGCGGCGCCCGCGGCGCCGCGCGGCCCGGGCGCGACGCCCCGGGGCGGCGGCGGCGGCCCGCGCGUCGCGGCGACGCCGGCGAACGCGCGCGCGCCGCGCUGCGGCGAGACGAUCAUGUCCGUCAACGGGUCGCCGCUCGCGGCGGUGCCCAUGUCGACGGCCAAGCUCGCGGCGACCAUCAAGGUCAAGGGCUCCAAGUCCAAGCUCGCCGGCGAGACGGCCGCGCCGUCGCUCCUCGUCGAGCUGCCGUCGGCCGACGGCUGCGUCGCGCUCAACGACGACGCGACGCUCAAGUCGCUCCAGGCGGACCCGGAGAUGAAGGCGGACGCGAUCUCGCACCUCCAGAGCCUCCAGGACGAGAUCAGCAAGGCCAUGAAGAGCCUCCAGCAGGCCGCCUCCUGA